AUGGCAGACUCGAGCCCAAAAGGGUCUUUGGACGUGUGGAGUGCCGUUGUCUAUGCUGGUCGAUGUGCAGCCAGCAUGCCUUUGCAAAAGCUAGCUGACCUGCAGACCUCCACGGCCUCUGUCUCCACGAAGCUGGACGAGGCACAGAAGGUGGCUGACAACUGGGCGAGCAACGUCGCCCAGGGAAGGGAGGCCAGUGCUCAGCCCAAGACGCUGUCCAGAAUCAAGCAGAAGAAACUAGCCGCUCGAGAGCAGCUCCGCUGCGUCCUGCACGUGUUGGACAUCCUGGGUCUUGAACUGCUGUUGCCAACGACGAGACUUCGCCCCAUCGAUCUGAGUGCAGGCGAACAGAGAAUCGCCAGGAAAAAUCAGCAUUUCCUGUGGAGCAAAGACAAUGGCGAGGCCUCCUGGGAUGCCAUCACGGACGCUUCACGUCAAGACCUGAGGCUGAUCCUUGCCCCAGACGAAGGGAGCAGUUUGUACUGUUCCUUUGCAUGGAUGGCAAGUGCCGGAUUUCCAGUCAUCCUUCUGCGGGACGAGCUGCACAAGUUGUCGAAUCACUACCUGCGAGUGAUGCACUGCAACCCAGGUGUAGCCAGAAUGUACAGCUUGACUUCUUGGCUCAUGAAAGCGCGGAAAUGCCCGUGGCAGACGAACAAAGUGGGCAACAGCUGGAAGGAAGCAGCUGCAAGGAGUGGAUACGACUGUUCCGUCGAGAACCUCGAGUCCUUCCAGAUCAUCUGCCAGAUUGUGGACAAAGCCACAAAGCGAAACGGAGCUACGUACUCCCACUCGAGAUGGUGCAGCUGGGGCCACUGCGCGAAAGCCUUCCGCAAGUAUUACAGCUCGACUUUGCUUGCCGUCUUCUGGAGCUGCAUGGAGGAAGGAAUGAACCCCUUUGCGAAGUUCCAGCCGGACGAACGCGCGGAAGCCGGUCAGAAGUUCCACAGGGUACUCGAUCUUUGCAUUCGUGCAUUGGUAGACGAAGAAGCGCAUCUCCUCUUCGAGGGAAUGACCUUGCUCAGCGACGUCUGGGUGGAGAUGUGCCUGGAUCUGGAUGCCCUUGGCCCAACAGGGAUGGCCCGUCUCCAGAUUGAUUCCGACAUCGAGCUGCGGGCAGAUGAGUUGGUUCUGACUCACCGACGGCCCAGUGUGCGACAAGAUCUGCUCAGGGAUUUCUUCGAUGCUGUUCUCAGCUGCAUCUAUGAGAUCUCCUGCUACAGGUUGUACCUCGUGUCGGCUCCCGGUUCUUGUGCAGGGCUCUUGGCCCGGGACUGCAGCAAAGUUGCUGACUUGGACAGGACCAAGACGGACAUCCUGCAAUCCUUGAAGGAGGAGUGGCUCAUCGUGCUGCACCUGGAAAGCAGCUCUGCAGGAGCUGCUUGCCUCGACAAGUUUUGUGCUUACACAAAAUGGCAAUGCUAUCGGGAGCUCCUCGUGGGUCUUCACGAAGCCGACUUCAAGAUGGAUGCCACCGCCCGCAGCAUUAUCUCCAGCUGGUUUCCGAUGCUUACGCAGUCGGCGAACAUCGAAGAACAAUUUGCCACCGUUCAAGACACCGUCAAGAGAGGCUGCAAGAAUGGCAAAGCCUCUAUGACAGCCCUCAGCAGCAUCGCUGUCAAAGCGGUGUACCAGAAGCUGACGGACAAGGAGGACCAGGCGCCCUCCGUCCGCCUGGUGGACCGCGAUUGGGAGGGGGCAAGUGUGCGUGGCAUCAAGCAGAAGAUCUAUUGCCCGGAAACUUUCAAUGGGAGCACCUUGGCCAAUACCCGCCAGGAUGUCCAGAUCGAUAAGAUCCUUUCCGAGUUUGUGUCGACGUCGGCGCACCACCACAACAAAGCGUGCUUGAACCACAUGCAGGGCUUCAUCGAAGCAAAGAAGCACCUCGCCUGA